AGGGCAAGGGCAAAGGGCCAGUUGGCUUCGGGCAGUGGCCCUGGAAGUGGUGGUUCGACCAGACGCUGCCUGAGCUGGCCAUGCUGCUAGGACCUUCCGCACGGACGCGACGACGCCACUCCUGCAGAAGCACAAGCUGUACGCGCAGCUUGGCUUACACAUGGGCGCGGACCCCGUGGAUUCCAUCGUGCGUUGGGUGCGGAACCAGGUCUACAGCAACAAGCUCCGGUGGCGGGACGUUCACCUGGAGGCGCUGUCGCCGGUGCUGGCCGAGCUGGCCAAUCGCAGCGAGGACGUCGCCCUGGCCCUCAAGUGCUCGCGGGCGGUCUACGCCCAGGACGCGGGCACCCUGCGGUGGGCGAGUGCGGAGGUGGCGAGGGCAGGUUGCCAGCCCGGCGGCGGCGCAGGCCGCGCGAGGGAGGUGGAAAUCCCGCAAGCUUCCAGCCUGAUGCUGCGGUCAGCUGCUCUCAGCGGCUACGCCGUGCUGGACGUGACCUGCGAGGAUGUUACCAGGAAGGCGCGCCGCUGGCUCACGAGCUGCUGCGCGACCUGCGGCGGCUGGCCUACGUCCUGGUCGGCCGGGCGGCCGUGGUGGAGCUCGGCCUGUCGGGCGAGCAGCGGAGCGGGAUGCAGUCGAGGGAGGUGGAGAUCAGCUCCGACAACCUCCCGCCGGUGCUACAGGGCAUCGAGCACGCGCCGCUGGCGCACCGGCGGCUGUUUUUCCACAAGGCCCUGCAGCACAGCCUGUACCAGCUGGAGGGCGCCGCCGAGCCGCCGAGCGCCGGCGAGCCUGGCGAGGGCGGUGAAGGAGAAAGGAGCCCGCGGUGCCUGCUCUGAGGCCAGUGGAGGUGGUGGCGGCAGAGCAGUACCUGGCUGCGAGGGACUCCCACGCCGCUGUGGAGCAGGCCAGCCAGGACCAACUGACGACUUCCUGCAGUCGACCCUGCGGUACUUCGCGGGCCUGAACCUGCGCCCCGAGCAGCCCCUGAUCCGGCAGCACGAGUUCGACAGCGUGGCCGCCAUGGUGGCCCUGUGCUGCGACGCCUCCCUGCCAGGGUCGGUUCUGUGCGGCGCCCACGAGUGGAUGCAGCAGCGCCUUGGCGAGGUGAAGGCCUCGCUCUUGGACCUCCUCGUGGCGAACUUCCACGAGAGCUCGGAGGUCCGGGUGCCCAUCCGGGCCGUCGUGCUCGGCUCCUGGUUCCAGGGCACCGCCUGCCAGCUUCUGGACCUCUGCCGGCUGCUGUGGCUGGACCACCCAGAAGGACACUCCCCCCACAUGUUCCUCCCAGAGCCCCGCGAGCUCUACAGCGGCGGCCUGCUGGCGGCGCUCUACCUGGGCGGCGCCUACGACGCGUGGGAGCUGCAGCUCCCCCGGAGCAACUCGGAGUGGUGGUGGACGGGCCUCCUGAAGCAGAUGUCGGAGCUGCGGCAGGAGGUCAUCCGCGCGCCAGUCUUUGGCCGCUGGAAGAAGGGCCUGAUGGACAGCAUGCUGCCAGGCAUGGUGCGGUGGCCCACGCACCAGCAGGUGCAGGCGGAGGUGCAGAAGUGCGGCGCCGCGGGGGAUGAGCUGCCGAUCGACGAGCACAGGGACAAGAUCCUGAAGCACAUAGAGAACUACAGGGUCACCUGCAUCCAGGGCGAGACCGGCUGCGGGAAGUCCACGCGCGUGCCGGUCUACGUCAUGGAGGACUAUUUCGAGAAGAAGAAAGCGGGCAAAUUGAAAUCGGAGGACACCUUCAUGGUCCUCUGCACCCAGCCCAGGCGCAUUGCCUGCAUCUCGCUGGCCAACCGCGUGGCCUCCUGCAUGAGGGAGAAAGUUGGGGAGUCCAUCGGCUACAAGAUCAGCGGCGACUCGAACGUGCGCCCAGGGCGCACCAAGAUGGUGUACGUCACGACUGGGUACCUGCUGCAGGUGUUGGUCAACAACCCCGAUCAGAUUCGGUCGUACUCGCAUCUCAUCCUCGACGAGGUGCACGAGCGUGACGUGGACUCCGACCUGCUCUCCCUGGUGGUGAAGCUGCAGAUGACCGGAUACAACUUCAAGCUGGUGAUCAUGUCCGCGACCCUGCAGGGCGACCUCUUCACGCGGUACUUCUCCGACAAGAAGAUCAAGACGAUCUUCGUCGGGGUGAAGCGCUACCCCGUGGAGGUCGUCUACGUCGAGCAGCUGCUCGACCGCUACGGCGGCAGGUCGUACGGCCACGACCUCGACGGCCGCCAGACCUCGGAGGCCACGCGCGGCGUCCAGGCCCCCUUCGCGAGCCAGGCCGUCCGCGCCGUGCGCGACGCGGAGCGGGCCUUCGGCAGCGGCGGCCGCGAGGCGGAGGGCUGGGAGGACCAGGGAGCCCGCGGGCAAGCCUGCGAAGGGCGAGUUCGACGACAGCGACUCCGACAGCGACAGCGGGGAGGACGCGGACGCCGCGGCCGUGGCCGUGGCCGCGGCGAAGGCGGCGCCCGUGAAGAAGUGGAAGAAGGAGGUUCGACCGUCCAUCCUGCGCGGCCUCGACGUGCUCGUCUACGAGCUGGUGCUUCGCGUCGCCACUCCCGGCGAGGGGAUCCUGGUCUUCAUGCCCGGGAUAGGUGAGAUAUCGGAGCUGUACGAGACGCUGAAACCAAUGGAGGACCCCGAACGCGAGCAGCACAUGACCUGGGAGCGCCCAGCGUCAGCAGGCCGGACUGCUGCUUCAAGG